UGUGUGUGUGUGCUCCUGUGAAGGAAUAGAGCAAUAUAAUCAACACUAAUCAAUGCAUGGAGAGCAAUCAGGAUACACUCAGUAUCAAGUGAUACGGGUUGGGGGUUUGUGGUGAUAGGAAUGCGGACAUAUUUGGGUGGCGUGACGGAUGUGGCUCGUGUGGGUGUGUCCCUGCGUUGCUACACCUUGGCAAAUCAGCUUGCCUUUAAAAAGUGGCCGCCGGAGACAGGCAGAAGAGGCGCACCCAGCAGCUCAAGGCCGUGUCGUCUGUUCUUCUCCUCGUCCUCCAGCAGCUCUCCAUCCCAUCAUGAACGGCCACUGCAAUGGGAAGGUCAACGACGUCGUGGAAGAGUUCCAUUGCAACAACGGCUUCUCCGAGCUCAUUAUCGACGCCAAGAAGUCCGCUGUGCACCGCCAGCACGAGACCUCCCGCAAGGACGCCGAGGACAAGAGCCGGCUGCCCGCCCUGGAAGCCGCCUACACCAGCAUCCUGCGGGAGCUGGGUGAGGACGCGGACCGCCAGGGCCUGCUGCGUACGCCCCUGAGGGCCGCCAAGGCCAUGCAGUUCUUCACCAAGGGCUACCAUGAGACCGUGGACGACAUCCUGAACGACGCCAUAUUCGACGAGGACCACAACGAGAUGGUGAUCGUGAAGGGCAUUGACAUGUUCUCCCUGUGCGAGCACCAUUUGGUGCCCUUCUUUGGCAAAGUCCACAUCGGAUACAUUCCCAAUAAAAAAGUGGUGGGACUGAGCAAGCUGGCGAGGAUUGUGGAGAUCUUCAGUCGGAGGCUUCAAGUUCAAGAGCGUCUCACCAAGCAGAUCGCCAUUGGAAUAUCAGAGGCCCUGCAGCCAAAAGGCGUUGCUGUGGUUAUCGAGGCAGCGCAUAUGUGCAUGGUGAUGCGCGGUGUGCAGAAGAUGAACAGCUGCACGGUGACCAGCUCCAUGCUGGGCAUCUACCUGGAAGACCCCAAAACCCGAGAGGAGUUCCUAACCCUUUCUAAGCACUGAGUCGGGAUGGUCUUUAUACAUAAAAAAAGAAGCAAAUACACCAAAGCUUGAAAGAUGUCAGGCCUGCAGCUGAGAAAUUCACUGUGAACACUAUAGAAUUUCUUUUGACUUUUACCACCCUGAUGGGAACACCACUGAUGCUUUUGCAAAGGUACUAUUUAAACCUUUCAUCACGUCAUUAAUAGUAUUAUUAUUAGUAGUAGUACUUCUCUAUUUAGACUUGUAUGACAUGUAAUGAUCCACAUCUUUGUAAUAUAGGACGUAAUAUAGGACAUUUGUAAUAUACACGUUAUUUCUGUCUGUCCAAGAGUAGAAUGAGGAAAUAAGAUGGCUGUAUUGACAGGUUUUGCUUUUAAAAGUCUGUAGCAUGUAUUUUGAACUGUGUUUACCGAAAUAAAAAGCAUACA